AUGGAGGACGCCGCGCCUCGGGAGGAAGAUGAAGAAGAUGAUGACGACCUGCUCUUGGCAGCGGCGGCCGCCGCGGCGGACCCCAGCCCGGCGGGGGGGUUCUGCUCGGCGGCGGGUUCCAUUUGGAUCUACCCCACCAACUACCCGGUGCGGGGCUACCAGCUGCGGAUGGCCCAAGCCGCUCUGCUGGCCAACACGCUGGUCUGCUUGCCCACCGGGCUGGGGAAGACCUUCGUGGCCGCCGUCGUCAUGUACAAUUUCUACCGUUGGUUCCCCUCCGGCAAGGUCCUCUUCCUCGCCCCCACCAAGCCGCUGGUGGCCCAGCAGAUGGAGGCCUGUGCCCGCGUUAUGGGCAUCCCGGCCCGGCACAUGGCGGAGAUGACAGGGGGAACCCAAGCCCUCAGUCGGAGGGAACUGUGGACGACCAAGAGAGUCUUUUUCCUUACACCUCAAAUAAUGGUGAAUGAUCUUUCCCGUGGGACAUGUCCUGCUGUGGAAAUUAAAUGUCUGGUUAUUGAUGAAGCCCACAAAGCCCUUGGAAAUCACGCCUACUGUCAGGUUGUAAGGGAACUAAGCAAAUACACAGAUCAAUUUCGGAUCUUGGCCCUGAGUGCCACACCAGGCAGCGAUACAAAGGCCGUGCAGCAAGUUAUUUCCAACUUACUCAUUGCUCAGAUAGAACUAUGUGCUGAAGAUUCUCCAGAAAUUCAGCCUUAUUCUCACGAGCGACAAGUGGAGAAAAUUGUUGUUCCACUGGGUGAAGAGUUGGUAGAAUUUCAGAAUGCUUACAUCCAGGUGCUAGAAGCAUUUGCUGGACGCCUGAUUAAAAUUGGAGUUUUAGCGAAGCGGGAUGUUCCCAGCCUGACAAAGUACCAGCUCAUUCUGGCAAGAGAUCAGUACAGGAAAAACCCCUCUUCCCAGCCUGUGGCAGUACAUCAAGGCAUAAUUGAAGGAGAUUUUGCACUUUGUAUCAGUUUAUAUCAUGGGUACGAGCUGCUGCUGCAAAUGGGGUUACGGUCGUUGUUUAUCUACCUCUUCGGAAUUAUGGAUGGACCAAAAGGGUUAACCCGUACGAAGAAUGAACUUGGUCGUAACGAGGACUUCAUGAAGCUGUAUCAGCAGCUCAGGGACAUGUUUGCAGACACGCUGCCUUCAGCCAAUGGAAGUGUUUACAAGAGUACAACAGUGUUGGAAAAUAAAAAGGAAUUUAUCUACAGCCAUCCAAAAUUAAGGAAAUUGGAGGAAAUUGUAAUAGGACACUUCAAAUCCUGGAAACAGGGAUCUUCUGCAGAUGAGGUGAGGGCCGAAAGCCCGUGCGUGGAGGCUGUGGGUACCAGGGUGAUGAUCUUCUCCUCCUUCCGAGACAGCGUGCAGGAGAUCGCGGACAUGCUGUCCCGCCUCAGCCCCGCCGUGCGGGUCAUGACCUUCGUUGGCCACUCCACAGGAAAGAGCACCAAGGGCUUCACACAGAAAGAGCAACUCGAGGUGGUCAAACGCUUCCGUGAGGGGGGGUAUAACACCCUGGUCUCUACCUGCGUGGGGGAAGAAGGCUUGGACAUCGGGGAGCUGGAUCUCAUCGUCUGCUUCGACGCCCAGAAGAGCCCUGUUCGCCUGGUGCAGCGGAUGGGCCGCACGGGGCGGCGGCGCCAGGGCAGGAUCGUCGUCAUCCUGGCCCAGGGCCGGGAGGAGCGGACCUACAAUCAAAGCCAGUGUAACAAAAGGAGCAUCCACAAAGCUAUUUCAGGAAACAAAAUGCUUCACUUCUACCAGCGUAGCCCUCGGAUGGUUCCAGAAGGCAUAACUCCGAAGCUGCACAAAAUGUUUAUUACUGCUGAAAAAUACGAACCGAGCGAUUCCGGAACGUUUUCCAAAGAGAGACGGUCUGGUUCCCUGGGGCACAAAUCUGCUCUCUUUUCCUGUGUCACCGGCCAAAAGCAAAUCCACCGUCAUGAGAACUGGUCUCUGUCACCUGAGGAAUUUGAAAUAUGGGACAGAUGUUACAGGAUUAAGGAAAAGGAUGGAAUAAAAGAACCGGUGUUGCCUCAAACUCGGUUUGAAACCUUAGAAAACCUGGAAGAAGUGUCAAAGCAUCAAGAGGAGGCAACUCACGAACUUUCCUUGUCUGAAUGGAGAAUUUGGCAGAACCGCCCGUUUCCUACCCACGUGGUUGAUCACUCGGACCGCUGCUACCAUUUUAUUGCUGUUAUGGAGAUGAUAGAGCUGAUAAGACACGAGCAGGGAGACUGCAGCUAUGAACUGGAGAUUCAGCCUCACUUACGUCUGGAAGAUGUUACUGUUGGAAGGAAGAAGAGGCAUCCUUCUGUGCCCAGCUCCACCGCGGGUCAGAGAGCACGCUCCUCCAGGAGAGACAUGGCACACAGAUCGAAAGUAACAUCAUUUUUACCCGAUACAAACGAGAGUAGGAGUGAACUCUUUACCACGUUUAAAAUGACAAAACCAAAAAAGAGUCCCAAAAGAACUUCUGGACCAAAUUUAGAAGUACCUGUGUUGCCUACAGGUACUUCAGCUUCUUGCUCGGCAAGCAGCCUUGCUCUGGGUGAAAAUAUGGACCAGGGCAGUCCAAAGGAUGAGGAACUAGCGGUGACGUUUGACUUAAAUGAAUUUAUUGACCUGUGUGACAACAGUGACAGCACUAUAAUUGAUGAAAGUGCAGCAGCAAAGGAAUACAAAACUGGAGGUAAAGCUUGUAGCUCACUGGGAACAAACCACGCAGACUCGGGUUAUAGCAGCUUCACAGCUGAGAAGUCACCCGUCUCCUCUGACUUAUUUUAUCUUCCCGAAUCAUACGUGGAUUCAUUUGCACUUGUGAGACCAUCUGAGGAACCUGCUUGGUUAAAACAAAUGGUUUCCCAUGUGGAAAGGCUUUUAUCCCAGUGUCCUCCCUUUUUGAAUAAACUUUAUGAUUUUGAAAACAUGAUGAGAAAUGAAGAAACACUAUAUCCUUCUCAAAAAGCUAUUUCUGGCAGUUAUUCAGAGAGACUGCAGGACAGAGUCUUUCCUGCGCCCCCAGAAGCUGAUCCAUCACUGCUGCUCUCGGGAAGUCCUGAACCCAAAGUCUCCAGGGAAUUGGCUUCUGUAAGUACCUGUUCUUCAAAACCUGCAGCAUCUUCUGAGCCUGCUGCUGGUAACGCCAAAGAGGGACUUCACUGCAAUGACAGCUUUGGCAGUCUGUUUGACAACAAAGAAUUCACUGAAAUUCAAAAGACAACUCCAACAAUAAGUCAUACUCUGACCAAUAACACUCUGACCAAUAACCCUUCAAAUAAGAAUUUUGUUCAAAAAGAUGAAGAACAUCUUGAAGUGAACAAGAAUAAUGUGAUUAUUGCUGAAGAGCAGAGUAUACAUCUGUUUGAAGAUGAGCACCUUUAUGACCCAAAUAAUGGGAGUUUUUCUGUGAAAAACAAGCGUUUGGCAGGGCCAGAUUCCAGAGGGAAUGGUUUUAGGCUGGUUGCAGAGCGUGGCCCCGAGAGGUCUCCAUCAGAGGGGUGCUGUGAGGGCACUGAUGGGACCUCCAAGGAGCAGCCAAUGGUGGGUGACACCUCUACCAUGGGAGCGUGGGGAGAUGUCAGUGCGACCCAGCAGGCUCUGGGGAGCGACCAUCUCUAUGACUGUUCCCAAGAACUCUUUUCUGUGAACUUUGAUCUGGGAUUUUCCAUCGAAGACUGUGAGAAUGACAUCUCUGAAGAAGAUAUAAAUACUGAUAAUACCAGAGAAUGCGGUGGCGCCUGGGGCAGUCGUGCAGGUGGUACAUCCACCGAAGAGAAAACACAAUCACUGACCGAUACCUCCAGACUCGAAACAUCACCCAAGUGGGAUUGCAGAAGCCUGGAGAGAAGAGCUGUUUCCACACCCCUGGGGUUCCAGAGGAGCAGUGUUGGUGCCAGAGAGGGGGCUGAGGCUGCUGCUGCUGCAGGGCCUUCCUCGGAGCAGGGAGCCAGGAGAACGGGAAGGGGCUCACCUGAACCUUUGGCUUCUGCACUUUCCACCCCUACAAGCAGAAAGGCUAGGAAUAGUGAAGUUAUCAGAAGAAUUCCUAUCAAUGUCUUCUCUAGUGCCAGGGAGGAAAUUCCCAAGAUGACUCUUGCAGAGCAUAGCCCACGUGGGCAGAACUUUGGGAGUUCAGCCAUGGAUGUACUUGGCUCCCCUUUAGGAAGAGCCAAAACCCUGGAAGACACCAACCAUCAUAGUUCACGUGUGUGUCCUGCUGCAGGAACCAGCAGCGAGAGCGAAGAGGAGAUCGUUUUCCAGAGAAAAAAUAGGAAAAAAAAGAAUGUUUUGAAGUCUCCUGAUGGGCUGAGUGAGAGUGACUUGGAGUCGCCGAUUCCUGCCGUCAGAAAGCGCCGACACCCCCUUAACGUGGGAGACUGCAGCUAUGAACUGGAGAUUCAGCCUCACUUACGUCUGGAAGAUGUUACUGUUGGAAGGAAUAAGAGGCAUCCUUCUGUGCCCAGCUCCACCGCGGGUACUUCAGCUUCUUGCUCAGCAAGCAGCCUUGCUCUGGGUGAAAAUAUGGACCAGGGCAGUCCAAAGGAUGAGGAACUAGCGGUGACGUUUGACUUAAAUGAAUUUAUUGACCUGUGUGACAACAGUGACAGCACUAUAAUUGAUGAAAGUGCAGCAGCAAAGGAAUACAAAACUGGAGGAAGUCCUGAACCCAAAGUCUCCAGGGAAUUGACUUCUGUAAGUACCUGUUCUUCAAAACCUGCAGCAUCUUCUGAGCCUGCUGCUGGUAACGCCAAAGAGGGACUUCACUGCAAUGACAGCUUUGGCAGUCUGUUUGACAACAAAGAAUUCACUGAAAUUCAAAAGACAACUCCAACAAUAAGUCAUACUCUGACCAAUAACACUCUGACCAAUAACCCUUCAAAUAAGAAUUUUGUUCAAAAAGAUGAAGAACAUCUUGAAGUGAACAAGAAUAAUGUGAUUAUUGCUGAAGAGCAGAGUAUACAUCUGUUUGAAGAUGAGCACCUUUAUGACGCAAAUAAUGGGAGUUUUUCUGUGAAAAACAAGCGUUUGGCAGGGCCAGAUUCCAGAGGGAGUGGUUUUAGGCUGGUUGCAGAGCGUGGCCCCGAGAGGUCUCCAUCAGAGGGGCGCUGUGAGGGCACUGAUGGGACCCCCAGGGAGCAGCCAAUGGUGGGUGACACCUCUACCAUGGGAGCGUGGGGAGAUGUCAGCGCGACCCAGCAGGCUCUGGGGAGCGACCAUCUCUAUGACUGUUCCCAAGAACUCUUUUCUGUGAACUUUGAUCUGGGAUUUUCCAUCGAAGACUGUGAGAAUGACAUCUCUGAAGAAGAUAUAAAUACUGAUAAUACCAGAGAAUGCGGUGGCGCCUGGGGCAGUCGUGCAGGUGGUACAUCCACCGAAGAGAAAACACAAUCACUGACCGAUACCUCCAGACUCGAAACAUCACCCAAGUGGGAUUGCAGAAGCCUGGAGAGAAGAGCUGUUUCCACACCCCUGGGGUUCCAGAGGAGCAGUGUUGGUGCCAGAGAGGGGGCUGAGGCUGCUGCUGCUGCAGGGCCUUCCUCGGAGCAGGGAGCCAGGAGAACGGGAAGGGGCUCACCUGAACCUUUGGCUUCUGCACUUUCCACCCCUACAAGCAGAAAGGCUAGGAAUAGUGAAGUUAUCAGAAGAAUUCCUAUCAAUGUCUUCUCUAGUGCCAGGGAGGAAAUUCCCAAGAUGACUCUUGCAGAGCAUAGCCCACGUGGGCAGAACUUUGGGAGUUCAGCCAUGGAUGUACUUGGCUCCCCUUUAGGAAGAGCCAAAACCCUGGAAGACACCAACCAUCAUAGUUCACGUGUGUGUCCUGCUGCAGGAACCAGCAGCGAGAGCGAAGAGGAGAUCGUUUUCCAGAGAAAAAAUAGGAAAAAAAAGAAUGUUUUGAAGUCUCCUGAUGGGCUGAGUGAGAGUGACUUGGAGUCGCCGAUUCCUGCCGUCAGAAAGCGCCGACACCCCCUUAACGUGUCAGAUGUGUCCAGUGACGAGAGUGUGGAUUUUCGCAAGGCCUCAAGCAGGCCCAGGAGCAGCAGCUCAGCCCGGAACCAAAACCAGCUGAGAAGCACAAAGCGGCAGAAGGUGAAGAGCAAUUUUUCAUACAAGCAUGCAGGAAGGCAGUUUUUAGACGAAGAAGCUGAGCUGUCCCAGCAGGAGGCAGAAGGGGUUUCAUCUGACGAGAGCGAUGGCACAGAGAAGGAGCUGAGCUCUUCCAUGGUUCAGUUCCUGAACGAUGAGAUGGAGGUCACCCAGGUGUUGGACGACCACGCGAUGAAAGGCGUAUACCUGCAGUCAGUGCGCAGCCCGGCUCUGGGCACUGGGUACAGGAUGGUUCACCGGGAAUUCAACCCUGUGGAAGUUUUCUCUCAGAUUCCCGAGCAGGACCAGGCGUACGCAGAAGACAGUUUCUGUGUUGGAGAGGAGGAAGAGGAGCCUUGCAAACCCAGUGACUCCAGCGAGGAGGAGGUGUGUGUGAAUUUUGAUCUCCUAAACAACGAGAGUUUUGUCGGCGGCCGGAAGCAAUACCUCACUCGCCGCAGGGAGAGGCUGAAGCAGGCCAGGGGGGAAGGGACCUGCUCUGUCCCGGUGCAGAAGAAGAAACCGUCCCGCAUCAUCGUUCUCAGCGAUUCCAGCGGGGAAGAAACAAGUGUCAGCAAGGAGAAGCCCACCAGGACGGAGUGCUCCGGGGCAGAGCAUGGCAAUGCUGAGCUCCCCGUGCCAUUGCCUUCCGUCUCCCCAGCGCAGCACACGCAGGCUGCUGGGGAAACUGGUGCUCCUCAGCCACUGGGGACCAAGAGGGAGAUGCUCCUCAGCUUGAGAGCUUCGGUGUCUGAACUGCUGGAUUUUCACCCAGACCAUCAAGUCGGGAGCACACGCGUCCCACCGGCUGGCACUGGUUCUGACUGGGGGAAGGAGGAUCUCCAGGCUCCCUCCAAGGUGGACAGUUCUUUGAAGACCACCAGCAGGAGCACCUCGGUCCCACCUCGUUCAGCUUCCGUAGCCCCCGCUGUGGCUCCCGUGUCACGCCUCCCCCUGGAGAAGGACACCCCACUGGUGAUCCUGGUGGACAGCAGGGAGAUCUGCUCUGGCGCCGAGGUGGUCUCUGCCCUGAAGGCAGCUCACGGGGUGAAGGUGCAGGUUUGCUCCCUGGGCGGCAGCGAUUACAUCGUCAGCAACCGCCUGGCCGUGGAAAGGAGGCUCCUCUCGGAACUGCUCAACUCGGGGAACAGGAGUAAAGUCACCCAGCGGCUCCAGCGCCUGCAGAGCGUGUUUGAGAGGAUAUGUGUGAUUGUGGAGAAGGACAGGGUUAAAUCAGGAGAAACGACCCGUUUUUUCCAGCGGACGCAGUACUACGACGGCGUGCUCUCGGCCUUGGUGCAGGCCGGGGUCCGAAUUCUCUUUAGCUCUGGCCAAGAGGAAACCGCCGCUUUGCUGAAGGACCUGGCUUUGGUGGAGCAAAGAAAAGCUGCUGCCAUCCGCGUCCCGACGGAGCUGGAGGGUCACAGGCAGGAGAUGCUCAACUUCUUCCUGAGCAUUCCCAACCUCAGCUACCCCGCUGCCCUCAACAUGUGCCAUCGCUUCGGCUCCGUGAAGGAGGUGGCCAACAGCUCCCCGCAGGACAUUGCCACAGGUGCCCAGCUCAGCCAGCAGAAGGCAGAGGAGAUCUACCGCUACCUCCACUAUGGGUUUGACCCACAGAUGCUGCCCCAGGACCUCUGCCCCAAGGGGAGAAGCAAUGCCGCUGCCAGGAGCUGAGGGGAACCAAGAUUGGUUUCCUUUUAACUGCACUUUACUGAGGUUUGGUUCACUGUAAAAUAUGUAAAUAAAUAUUGCAAAAACACUAGGGUUUUGGGUAUGCUCCAUCCACUUCUCUCCCCCCCAGCCAGGUCCCACAGGGGUGGGUGUGUACAGCAAGGGCUGGGUUUUCAUUCCAAAAUGCCUCUAGAAAUGGGAAUACUGGCUGAGGGGGUGAAGGAGUACAGCUUCCUGGCUUCAGCAAC